AUUGGUGUUUAUCGAACGUUGUUACGCGGCAGAGUGACGUGGUUUUGCGAGAGACUUCGAACGUUGGUUCAGUGUGGUCGUCAGUGAUGGUGAUGGCCAGCGGCGGUGGUGGAGGGCUGAUACAGUCCCCACCCGACAUGAUGCACCAUCACAAUAUCAUGGACACUUCAUCUCACGUUGAAAUGAUGCCAAAAAAGCUCCGGCUCUCGUUGUGCGUCGGCUGCGGAGGUCAGAUCCACGACCAGUACAUCCUGCGGGUGGCCCCCGACCUGGAGUGGCACGCGGCCUGCCUAAAGUGCCAGGAAUGCCGGCAGUUCCUCGACGAAUCCUGCACGUGCUUCGUUAGAGACGGAAAGACUUAUUGCAAAAGAGAUUAUACUAGAUUAUUCGGCACGAAAUGCGACAAAUGCGGCGCGUCCUUCAGUAAAAACGACUUCGUGAUGCGUGCCAAGACGAAGAUAUACCACAUAGAUUGUUUUAGAUGCUGCGCUUGUGCCCGACAACUUAUACCUGGUGACGAAUUCGCGUUGCGAGAAGGCGGAGCGCUCUAUUGUAGAGAAGAUCACGAUGUUUUAGAAAAGAGCGCGAACACGAGCGGCGGGAGUAGUAAUAAUGCCGAGAGCAACAAUAAUACGACGCUAAGUAACAAUAACUCGCAUCAUCCCCAUGAGCUCGGGUCUAUGUCAGAUUCUGGGAGCGAAUCCGGCUCUCACAAGAGUGGUCGGGCGCGGACCACAGCGGCGGCCGACGGUAAGCCGACCCGAGUCCGGACCGUGCUGAAUGAAAAGCAACUGCACACGUUACGGACUUGCUACGCCGCCAACCCACGUCCGGACGCACUGAUGAAGGAGCAGCUCGUGGAGAUGACCGGCCUCAGUCCAAGGGUCAUCAGGGUCUGGUUCCAGAACAAACGGUGCAAAGACAAAAAAAAGACGUUGCAGCUCAAAAUGCAGAUGCAACAAGAGAAGGAGGGUCGGCGGCUGGGCUACAUGUCUGUGGGCGUGCCGCUGGUGGCGGGCGCGCCCGUGCGGCACGAGGCCGGCGGCGCGCUGGAGGUGAGCUCGUACCAGCCGCCCUGGAAGGCGCUGUCCGACUUCGCGCUGCACGCAGACCUGGACCGCGCGCCGCACCACUCAGCCGCCUUCCAGCACCUUGUCAACCAGAUGCACGGGUACGACGUGCCCCCCCUGCCGGCGCCGCGCGGUCCCCCCGGGGGCGAGGACCAUUACGUCACGUACCUGGAGAGCGACGACAGCCUCCCCCCCUCCCCCUAG